UGGUGAAAGCAUUUACUAUAUAGUUAUGGGAGAAGUAGUGUUCCAGCUGCAACAUGGCAAAAACACGGGUUAUGUUAAGAAGGGUGCUUGGUCUCCUCAAGAAGACAAAAAAUUGAUUGAUUAUAUCGCGAAAUAUCGUAUUUGGAACUGGAGCCAGAUGCCCAAAUUUGCAGGGCUAUCAAGAACUGGAAAGAGUUGUAGACUGAGAUGGAUCAACUAUUUGAGGCCUGAUAUAAAGAGAGGGCCAUUUAGCCUUGAAGAAACUCAAACAAUCAUCAAAAUGUAUCAAUCACUUGGAAACAGGUGGUCAGCUAUAGCUAAAGAAUUGCCUGGAAGAACAGAUAACGAAAUCAAGAAUUUCUACCAUACCCAUUUAAAGAAGCACGUUGGGACAAAAGUUGAAGUGAAACCUAAAUCAAGGAAGAAAGCUAAACAAAUAGAGAUGAGUACUCAAAAGAAGCCUUUGAUAACUACUAAUUGUCCAAAUAUUCAAUCAUUUGAUUUCACCAACUCCUCCUCCUCCUCUAGCUACAUCAUAUUUGAUGAAAAUUAUGAUUUCUUGGAAACAUAUAAUCAAGAGAAUGAUGUUACUUCAAUUGUCAAUCAAGUUGAUGACGAAAACAUAGUUAUAUUGGAGAGUAAUCCAGAGAGUAUUAGUACAUCAAGUGUUGAUUUGUACAUACAAGAUUUCAUGGAUGUGAGCAUUGAUUCAUCUAAUGUUGAUUUCUGGUUGGAGCUAUAUAUGGCGGCAGACAAUCUGAACACCUAGAAGCUGAAUCUACUUGAGAAAAUUCAGUUACAAUUUUAUGUA